GACUAGGUAUCACGUGCCCCUCACUUUUGUAUGGGGGUUCCAAAAACAGUGCGUCUGUCGAGUUGGGUGCAGUUGAGGCUCCAGGGUGAGAAAGAUAACCAAAUGGAUCCACCAGCUCACUAAUCCUAAUUUCAUCCAACCUUUAUCUACCUCCUCACUGUUGUGGAAAACAUUCAAGAUUUCUUUGUUCUCUUGCUGGAACAAUCAACAUUCAUAUUUUCUAAAGCUGGAUUCAGAGAGUUGGAGACUUACCCGCGCAACCCCUGAGCGCCUGCCAAUUGGCUCAUGGCCAUUAACACUGAUAUGGAGGACUGGGGAGGAGUUGGCAGCAAUGACUCUGGAGAGCGAGCGUGGCUCUUGCAGAGCCCCAGCAUGGACUCUGCGCAGCAUCUCGAGUCGGAGAGGAGGCCGAGGGGCAGCGUGUCGUCCUUGGGAGCGGUCUUCAUCGUGGUGAACGCGGCUUUGGGAGCUGGUCUGCUCAAUUUCCCGGCAGCCUUUAAUAUGGCAGGAGGAAUCACGGCGGCCGUGAUUCUUCAAAUGGUCAUGCUGAUUUUCAUUAUCAGUGGGCUGGUGAUUUUGGGCUACUGCUGUCAGGUCAGUAAUGAGUGCACCUAUCAGGAGGUCGUCCGAGCCACUUGCGGAAAAGUCACGGGAGUCCUGUGCGAGGUCGCCAUCGCCGUCUACACCUUUGGCACUUGUAUCGCUUUCUUCAUCGUCGUCGGGGACCAGCUGGACCGUUUGAUUGCGGUGGCGUUUCAUGACGGCUCCAUUAGCGGCUUCUGGUACACAGACCGCAAGUUUACCAUCGUUGUCACUGCAGUUUUGGUCAUUCUGCCUUUGUCCAUUCCCAAAGAGAUUGGCUUCCAAAAGUAUUCCAGUGCUCUGAGUGUGAUUGGUACCUGGUAUGUUACCAUUGUGGUGAUUGUAAAAUACAUCUGGCCUGAUAAAGAAGUCAUGCCGGGGAUUGUUCCCAACAGUUCUACCUGGACUGCAGUUUUCAAUGCAAUGCCAACCAUAUGCUUUGGUUUCCAGUGCCAUGUCAGUUGCGUGCCAGUGUUCAACAGCAUGAGCAAGAAAGCGCUCAAACCUUGGGGGCUUGUUGUCACACUCAGCAUGAUAAUCUGCCUCUUUGUUUACACUGGGACAGGUGUCUGCGGCUUCCUGACAUUUGGCUCCAAUGUCAGCCAGGAUGUGCUGAUGUCAUAUCCUUCUGAUGACAUCGCCGUGGCCAUCGCCAGAGCUUUCAUAGUCGUCUGUGUGGUCACCUCGUACCCUAUUUUACAUUUCUGUGGCAGGGCCGUUAUCGAAGGUCUGUGGUUGCGCUGGCAAGGCGAGCAGGUGGAGGUGUGCGUGCGGCGCGAGCAGAGGCGGAGGAUCGUGCAGACGCUGCUGUGGUUCGCCAUCACCCUCGUUCUCGCGCUCUUCACCCCGGACAUCGGGCGCGUCAUCUCCCUCAUCGGAGGAUUGGCGGCCUGCUUUAUUUUUGUCUUCCCAGGUUUGUGUUUGAUCCAAGCCAAACCGUUGGAGACAAACAGUCGAUCUACCAGGUGGCAUGGACUGGUGGUCUUUGGUAUCGUCAUGGUCACACUCGGAGCAUUUAUCUUCGGCCUCACCACGACUAAUUCCAUCUAUCAAGACGUCGUCAGCUAAAGGGAACAUUUCUGUCCCAGCUUGUGGACAUUUUGCAAUUCUACUAAAUAAGAUGAAGCUUUUUGUGCCAACUCAUGUAAUCAACCCCGACCUCCACCUAGUUGCGCAUCUGUACCACACAACCAGGAGUAAAGUGAAGACAUCCCAGAAUACAAAGUCAACCUCAGACACUUUUAUCUCGAAGGUUUGAUAUUACAAUUGCAUGUUUUUACGUUUCUUUUUUUAGUGCUUUUAAUCCGCAGCUGAAGCAGUUUUCGGACAGCAGCCAGUUCACAGCUGCUUAUCCUGUCACCAUGUAGAGAUUACACAUUCCUGUUACAUCUGAGGGACUUUGAAUAGACAAGACCUCACAAUGUAAUUGUUUGGACAUUUUAAAUUACGUGGUGGAAGAGUAAAUGUUAAUCAUUGAGGAACAAGUGCGGCGGUUCACAGGUUCAUCUAAUCAAAGUCCAGGCGUGUGACUGCAAUGGUGAAUCGAAAUUGGAUGAUAGACUUGCACAUUUUGUUUUAAAUGAGUAAUGUUAAUUCUUUGGAAUAAGUCAAUUCUACAUCACAGAUGUCAAACUCAAGGCCUGGGGGCUAUAUCUGGCCCACCGCAUCAUUUUAUGUGGCCCACGAAAGUAAAUCAUGAAUCAAUUCUUACAGUAACUUGAACAAUAGUUCAAAAAACUUCUGAUUUCAAAAUCAAUUUAUUGAAUAUACGAGGUAAUGAAACAUAUGGUUUCACAGUCUUAAUGGCCCUCUGAGGGAAACCGUAACUACCAUGCAGCCUGUGACCAAAAAUGAGUUUUACACAAAACUAAUGUACAGGACUACCAACCAGUUGGGGGGCUAUUUUUUCUUUUGAAUACUAUAUAUGCAAAAGUUUAGCAUUUAUGAAGCCAUUACAGUGCGUGUACAAGAUACAACUUUAGCGCACAAUUUAAGUUGGUAUAAAGCAGGUGCAUAAUUUAUACAAUGUAAUUUUUGCUAAACCAAAGCUUGAAAUUUGUCUUUUUGAGCUCUGUGGCAGACACUCAACACUACAUCAGAGAACAGCCGGGUUGUAUUUCUCAAAGCAAUAUUUUAUGUUUUAUCUACAGCGUUAAAGGGAUGAAAAUGUUUUUGUUUUUUUUUACCAUUUAUCUGAAGGGAAAGCAGGAACAUUGUUUUUUUUUUUUUUAGAGCUUGAAUUUUAGCAUUUGUAUCAAAUGUUUUGGUGCUGCUGUUUAUCGAAUCACAUGAAUAAAUAGCUUCAUUGAUGUGUAUAUUUGUAAACAAAUGCUCACGUCUUCCCCAGAUUGGUGAAUAAACCUGAUAAUUGCACAGUUCAACAAUCUAUUAAAAAUACAGUUUUAAUGAAAUCAACUUCAGCAUCAUUGACAAGUCACAAGUACAAACUGCGAUUGCAGUGUUAUAGAUUAAUUUCAGCAGACAAUCAAGUCGAGUCAUUGAGACAAGGAAAGACAUUUUUCUUUGCACUGUGCCUAAACUGAACAUAGAGUGAAAAAGGUAUUUUGUUUUUGAUGAAGCUCAAACACUGCAGUGUGCUCUGAAGGACAAGUAAAAUGAUUGGAAUGAACUCCCAACACUCUUUUCCCCUCAAAA